GCGCGGUGCCAGCCCCGGCCCGGAAGUGCAGCGGCGGCGGCGGCGAGCGGCACCUCCUGUAAUAUUCAUAAUUAAAAUGGCAAAAACAAUUGAUCCUUCUGAGAAACUGAUCAUCCACUCCAAAGCUCACAAAGAUACCAUUCUAGCUAAUUUUGAGGAACAAAGAAAAAAGGAUUUUCUUUGUGACAUUACUCUGAUAGUGGAGAAUGUGCAAUUUAGAGCCCAUAAAGCUUUGCUGGCUGCCAGCAGUGAAUACUUCUCAAUGAUGUUUGUAAAUGAGGAUGAAAUAGGGCAGUCAGUUUAUAUGUUGGAGGGAAUGGUGGCAGACACCUUUGGAGUUCUGCUAGAAUUUAUUUACACUGGUUGCCUCUGUGCCAGUGAGAAAAGCACAGAACAAAUCCUGGCUACUGCACAGCUGCUGAAAGUAACUGACUUGGUCUGGGCCUGUACAGACUACCUGGAAAGCCGCAGCCCAGGCAGUGCAUUGCCAGCUCCAGCUGAAAGUGUAGCCUCUGUUGUUGCAAGUGACAGGAAAAAUGAUGAUCCACCAAAGCGAAAACGGGGGCGGCCAAGGAAAAUCAAGAUUGUCCAAGAGGAAGAAGAAGAAGAAUCAGGAGCAAAUUCUGCCAAAGAUGGGCAGCUGAGAGAGAACAACUCUGUGCAAAAUGAGCAAAAUUAUAUGAAAAAAGACACUGAAGUAGAAGAAACAGUUGCCAAUGAACAGGCUUCAGUGGGGAAAGAUGGAGAAGAAAGUGAACCUGCUUGUAGCUCAGAGGCUGCUGUUGAUCUAUCAGCUGAGAAGGAUGAAAACUACGAUCCCAAAUCUGAAGGAAUACAGAGCACUCAGAGCCGUUACAGCAAACGUAGAAUAAGGAGAUCAAUCAAACUAAAAGAUUACAAACUUCUUGGGGAUGAGGAUGAGAAAGGACUGGCAAAGAGAGCUGAUGGAAAAAGAAAGCGUAUGGGUUCUGAAGCUCGCUGUAAAGACUGUGGCAAAGUAUUUAAGUACAGUCAUUUCUUGGCUAUUCACCAGCGAAGCCAUACAGGGGAAUGCCCUUUUAAAUGCAGUGAGUGUGGCAAAGGCUUUUCCCAGAAGCAUUCUCUUCAAGUGCAUGAGCGGAUGCAUACCGGGGAACGGCCGUACACGUGCACCAUUUGCAGUAAGGCUCUGACCACAAAGCAUUCUCUUCUGGAGCACAUGAGCCUACAUUCAGGGCAGAAGGCUUUUACCUGCGAUCAGUGUGGGAAAUACUUCAGCCAAAAGAGACAGCUCAAGAGCCACUAUCGACUACACUCAGGCCGUUCACUGCCGGAAUGCAACCAGUGUCGUCGCAAAUUCAUGGAUGCAGCUCAGCUAAAGAAACAUCUAAGAACACACACAGGUGAGAAGCCCUUCACUUGUGAGAUUUGUGGCAAAUCAUUUACAGCUAAAAGUUCACUUCAGACUCACAUUAGAAUUCACAGAGGAGAAAAGCCAUAUUCUUGUGAUAUAUGUGGAAAAUCCUUCUCUGAUUCCAGUGCUAAGAGAAGACAUUGUAUCUUACACACAGGCAAAAAGCCUUUUGCCUGCCCAGAAUGUAGUUUGCAGUUUGCUCGUCUGGACAACCUGAAGUCUCAUUUGAAAAUUCACAGCAAGGAAAAGCAGUUUCAGGAAGGCAGCGCUGCCCUGAGCGCCAACGCUCAUCCGGAAGAAGUGCGAAACAUUCUCCAGCUGCAGCAGUACCAACUUGCCACCUCGGGAGGGCAGGAAAUUCAGCUGCUGGUUACGGAUGCAGUACACAACAUCAACUUCAUGCCCAGCCACAAUCAAGGCAUCAGCAUUGUGACCACGGAAAGUGCCCCCAGCAUGACCACAGAGCAGGCUGCCAACCUCGCGCUCCUUGCGCAGCCGCCGCAGCAGCUGCAAAACUUGUUGCUUUCAGCUCAGCAGGAGCAAGCAGAACAAAUUCAAAGUAUCAAUAUGAUUGCAAACCAAAUAGAGGCUGCCCAGCCUGAACAAAUGCAUGUCAUCACUCUUUCCAAGGAAGCACUGGAACAUCUCCAUGCUCAUCAAGGACAAAAUGAACAAAUCCACUUGCCGGGAUCUUCACAUCCAGCUCAGCACGUGCAGCUGGCUCAGGAAUCAAGUCAGCAGUCCCCCUCUAACCACGACACGGUUCCUUCCCAUCAAGUCAGUGAGGAACAGAAUCAAAGUGUACUUGUUUCUGAAUCCCAUCAGCAGCCUCUGUCAGUGAAUGAGUCAUCUCCUGAGCAUCCUAUCCAGGGACAGGCUUUCUGAAAUGCUUGUUUGUCAGCAGACGGCUGGGCUAGAGAAUGCUUCUCAUCCCAGCAGGGAUUACGUGUGUCACGUGUGUUUUUUUGCAACAUAAGCUAUCCAAGCAUAAGCAUUUCUUGGUGAUUUUGGAUGAGUGACUCAAUUUCCUUAACCAUAUUUAUUUUAGACUGCUUUGUUUUUCUGGAUUGGUAUUUCUUUACCAUACUUAGUCCUCACAAGUAUCUCACAAGCAAUUAAUGUGGGGUUUUGUGCCUCAUUCACAUCUCUGCCUCCUGAGGAGAUAUUUAGCCCUUAUUUGCAUUUCUGAGUGACUCUUCAGAGAAGUUCACCUGGCUGGUAGGAGAACAAUGUUUAGGACAUCUGUGGAUCACAAAGUACCACUUCCCUGUCAAACUUAACGUUAUACCUGAGCUAUUGUCAAGCUUAAGACAACCAGUACUUUUUGCAAAGCAAACACCAUAUUUCUUCUGUUUAAUGAGCUUUCUCUCUGCAGGUUAAUGUAUAAUUCUCUAUGUAAUCAUUCCCUGAAGUGCAUUAUGAGUUACUGACUACCAGAUUCAUUUGGUUUGAGUUGAAACUGUUUGCAGCCUUUAACUAGCCCUGAAUCUUCCCUCCUAUUUACCAUGUGCUGUACACAUCUUUCUCCUCAGAAACAUUUAAGCCAUUGCACUUGAAUAGUGGCAAUGAGAUGCAAUGGUUACACUGGAGAACUGAAACCCCACAGAUUCUGCUCUGUUAGUUCUGCCACUCACUCUCUGUGUGACUGUGGGCAAGGGAGUUGACCUCUGUGCCUUAUUUCAUCAUCUAGUAAGUGGGGGAUAGUGUUCACACACUCUGCCAAGCACUUUGAAGAGCUCUUGAUGUUGAAAGCACUGUCUCUUGAAGUGCAAAACCCUCUUCCUGACAGGAUUCUGUCUAAGCUUAGGAACCACUGUAUAUUUAAAGUGUUAUUUUUUGUACUUUUGAAAGAAGAACAUAAUCUUACUUUAAUAUAUGUUAAGACUGGUAAUUGUUUAUGUGAGGAUUCAAACAAUGAAGAGCAUCACUUCAGAUCUUAACAAGUUACAUAAAUGGGGCACAUCACUUAAAGUUGUGCAGCUAUUUUUGUUGACUAAAUUAGAUGUGUACAGAUUGUUUUCAAUGACUGACUGCUAACAAAAAAGAUUUAACAUGGUAAUAAAAUGCCUUGCCAAAAUACAUGCUUUCUGUUUUCAGGUUUGACUACUGGUAACACCUUUGCACUGGAGUGUUAAAAUCCAGAUAAAAUGCCACUGUUACUUAAAAGAACAUACUCAAUUGUCACUUCAGCUUUAAAAUGUCAUAUUUGUGAUUUAUAUGAAUGUUUAUGUUACAACAAACAAAAAAUUCUAAAAAACAUGGUGAAUUUAAAAGCAAAAUUACCCACAAUUUUAUAUUUUUUUUUGUUCCAAGUCCAGACUACUUGGCCUGCUCCUGACUGCAUGCUGCAGAAGUUUGGCUAAGUAUCUCCAUGUGGUCAAAGUACUGGAUCACUUUUAUAUGAAUGGAUCAUGAUAAGGGUAGACAGUGGGAAUAAAUCAAUGCAAAGGUGUUUAGGCUUUUCACCUUUCCUCUCAGAAUGGAGAAAUAAAAUUGGCAUCCAUUCUGCCACCAAAGUGAACCAGCAUAUUCUGCAGUUCUGCCUGAGAAGCCUGAAGUCCAGAUGUUGUAAGAGCAGAUAAAUAAAUACAGUAAAGCCUGUUACAACACUUAUGACAAUGCUGCUGAUUAAUUGUAUAAGCUUACAGUAAAUAUUCUGGCAGUUUAAUCCUAAACUUCUGCUUUUAUCUAAAACAUUGUACAGUGCAGCCAGACUACUGUGUGGUCAUAAGUUUUCAGGAACCUGCACAGAAUUCAUUGUCAGCCAUAUAUUUACGAGUCCUGAAAUGCUUAAAACCAGGUUACAAGCUAAAUUCUGAGGCUACCAAUCAAGGAACUGUUCAAUACUUUUCUUCUUUGAACUUUGUUAUGUUCGUUAUGCAGUUAUCCUUGCAGGGUUCAGUUCCAUGCUGCUGUUUGAAAACACGGGACACUUCCAUAUACUGAUUUCUCAGUGCUUUCCCUGCCACUAAAAAACCUGAAGUUUGGUCUUUGGAAUUCUGUUUUGCUUUUCUGCAGAUAACCAGUGAAGAAACAAGCUGCUGUGAAUAGCAGGGCAAUGACUAAUCUUGCACCCUGCAUUGCUUAAACUGUCAGCACAUAUUGUAGCUUGCACUCAAGAAGCUGGCGUGACUUCUCAUAUCAACAAAUGUUGCUUUUUGAACACCAUUUGCUUUCUUUCUAGUGAAUGCCUUUCUCUUAAAAGAUGAAAAUUAAUCCUUUUUCUGUGUGUGCAUUUUUAAAAGGCUUCAGCUGAAGUCUAGGAUUGCUUUGAAUUAGAAAGGAAACCACUUCAGCCUUGUUUUUCAGUCCAGCUGCCACUAAUAAUGAUUUAGGAAAAAAAAGCAUCCCUUAGAAACUAUGUUUCAGAACAGCUCUCUAAAUAUCUUUACUCCUUAGCCAGUAAACACCUUAACUUCGCUUUUUCUCACAUAGACUAAUCCUAACAAAUCCGUCUCGCUGCUUUCUACGUUAAAAUGAGAUUAAGGUUUUAGACGUAAAUGCAGGGCAGUAAGAGGACUACAGAAAGAUCUGGGUUUGUAAGCAUUUAACACCCUUGUGUGUUAUCUCUGCUCAAUUUGUAAGUUACCCAGUGUGGUUGAACUCUGAUAGGAUCUCGCUUUUUUUUUUUUUCCAAAUGCAAGUUUGUUAGAUUUUGGCUUUUUCUGAAGAUUUUGGUUGGUUCUCCAGGUGCAAGUUGAAACAAAUCCCCGAGAGGGAAAGCAAACACACUCUGAAGCCUGCAUUUGUCUGUUGUGUGUGUAAUUCCCCUGCUUGGCUUUCCAGUCCAGCAUCUUGGGUUUUGAUAAAUUAAUAUCAGAGUAUUUAUUUCAUAUAGGCUGUAAAAGUAAAUUACCCUGCCAAUAGGAAAAGAAAGUGCUACUAGGGAUUGUACAGCAAUUUUUUCUUAGCAUCUAAGAGGAAAAGGAGAGGAGUCUACCUCAUCACAAAUUCUUCCAACUCAAUGCCUAUUCACAGGUUAAAAUUAAGGAUAUUGAGCCUGGCAUUGAUCUUGCCAGUUGUCGAGGAAAGAGUUUUGCUUGCAUUUCUUUGUUUGUGAAAGACUCAUUUCAGUGUUGUAGCUGGUUAGUCAUCGUGGUGAAGGUCAUGGUUGGUGUUUGCUAAUGCCUGUCCUGGUGUGCUUGGAUGUGGGGUUUUUCAGUCUUUUCCCACUUCACCUUAACUGUGGAAGCUAGUAUGGGAUUCAUUCCUAAUCACCAACCCUGUGCCUGUGUGAGCACAGCAGCUGGGUAUGUUUCCUGUCUCUCCAUGUUUUCCAAGCCUGCAGCAGACUGUGUCCCUGCCAGUAUCCUGUGUGAGUAUGGUUAUCCCAGAGAAGCUGAGUCUGAGCUGGGAGUGCCUGGGAGGGGGCCAGUUUGCACAGCAGGC